AUGAGCGAUUCCCCCGACGCCACCCAACCUCAAGGCGAGCCUUUGCCCCAGGGCACCUUUGGUCCUUCGCGUAAAAAAGAAGUGACCGUAGCCGUGCGUGGUCUGAACCACUACUUCGGCGAUGGCGAACUGCGUAAACAGGUGCUCUUCGAAAACGAUCUCGACCUGCACGGUGGCGAAAUCGUCAUUAUGACCGGCCCCUCUGGCUCGGGUAAAACCACACUGCUCACGCUCAUCGGGGCCCUGCGUACUGUGCAGGAAGGAAGCCUCAAGAUUCUGGGGCAAGAGCUACAGGGUUUGAGUUCCGGGCAACUGGUGAAUCUACGCCGGGGAAUUGGGUUCAUCUUUCAGGCACACAACCUGUUCGGGUCGUUAACGGCCAUUCAGAACGUCCGCAUGUCGAUGGAGCUGAAGGAUUUCUCACCUCGCGAAAUGGAUGAGCGCGGCAAAGAGAUGCUCACGCGACUGGGGCUCGGGCAUCGAAUCAAUUACAAACCGUCGGCCCUUUCCGGAGGUCAACGCCAACGGGUGGCUAUCGCUCGGGCCCUGGCCAAUCAUCCCAAGCUGAUUCUGGCCGAUGAGCCUACGGCCGCCUUGGACAAAGCCUCGGGCCGUGACGUGGUGAACCUGCUGCGGGAGUUUGCCGAGGAAAACAACAGCACCAUUUUGAUGGUCACCCACGACAACCGAAUUCUCGAUGCUGCUGAUCGGAUCGUGAACAUGGUCGACGGCAGCAUUAUCUCCGACGUGCUAGUGGUCGAGUCGGAGGUGAUUUGCGAAUUCUUAGGUCGGAUUUCCGUGUUUGAACACCUCACGCCUGGCACUUUGGCCAAGGUGGCCGACCAGAUGCGUUUCGAAAGCCACCCGCCAGGAACGGCUAUCGUCCGUCAAGGCGACCCGGGCGAUUGCUUCUACUUGAUCCGUGACGGCAAAGUAGAAGUCGAGGUCGAAACCGCCGGCAAGAAACGGGUGGUCGCCGAACUCGGCAGUGGCGACUACUUCGGCGAAGCCGCUUUGCUUACCGGAGAGCCGCGGAACGCCACCGUUCGGGCAACGACCGACCUGGAACUCUACGCCUUGGACAACGAACAGUUCCAAGAGGUGGUGCAGAGCAGUGCAACCUUUGCGGAAGAAUUACGCAAUGGCGACCAAAAAGCUUCCUUUAAGCGGUGGCUGAAGCAUCUUGUGUUUGCGCUGCUACCUGCCGUAUCGAUCUUCACAGGUCUGGAGUUGGUGCUUCGUGCCACUGAGGGUGCCCGACCUUCGCGGGAAAGCAUUCCCCUGCCGGAAGAAGACAUUGGCAUGCUUCGCCCCGAUGCGAAGCUAAUGUGGUCGCUACAGCCAUCCAUGCGCCGCAACUAUGCCGGACAGGAACCCGGCUAUUCCACGAAUCGUCUUGGUUUGCGUUACCGCGAGGUUCAGGUGGAAAAACCGGCGGGGGUCUACCGGAUUCUUUCUUUAGGCGAGAGCACCACUCACGGUUAUGCAGUGGCCGAUAACGAGACUUACAGCGAACAACUCGAAUUAUUGCUAAACAAGGACGCUCUCGAGACCAAGUAUGAGGUGAUCAAUGCUGGAGUGCCGGCCUGGUCCUCGUUUCAAAGCCUGCUGUACUUGCGGGAAGAAGGCAUCAAGCUGCAGCCCGAUAUGGUGCUGUUCUACCACGAGUUCAACGAUUACUUGCCUUCGAGCUGGCGAAGCGCCGAAAGUACGAGGGUGGUCGACCUCAGCAAGAGCGACCGUGAGAUCUACGAUUCGGUCUCUGGAACCAUCAGCCGAAGCCUACUUGCGCACUCAGCCAUGUUCCGCUUCGUUCAGUACGGCUUGGAAAGCUAUCGGCUGCAGGGGGCUGCCACCUCUCAGCAUGAUGCCGACGGCUCGCAGGAUCUAAGCUUACGCGUGGAACUCGGCGAGAUUGGUAUUCCUCCCAGGCUGGUCGAUUCGCAAGAUGGGCAGAAGCCCGCGGUUGAUGAGAGACAAUUGCCUCGCCGCGUAAGUUCGAAUGAGCGGAAGCAGAAUCUGUUGGAGCUAAUGAGCUACUGCAAUGCGAACGGUAUCAAGCUAGUGGUGAUUCACCCUUCUUAUCGCUUCACCACACCUCACGAGUGUCUGCUUACCGAAUUCUGUCACGAGCAUGACGUACUGCUAUUCGACGCACACCCGAGUUUGCACCCGGAAGGAAUACCGGUAGAAGAGCAAUUCCUUGACCAUGUGCAUCCGAGUCCCCAAGCACAUGCCCAGCUCGCAGCCGGGCUGUUCGAUUUUCUCGUGAGCAAUCAGUUGCUUCCCCAAGGCACGCUGUCAGCGUUUCCUCUACAAACUGGGGAGUAUGCUCACACCGAAUGA